AUGGCAAAUUUGAAGACUACUGACAAAGAGGACGAAUAUGUACUUCCUUUAUCUUAUCAAUCGAAUCUAGUCAAUUUUAUAAUUCGUUUAACAGCAACUAAUGAAGUCGUCAACAAUCAAUACUAUACUAGUCCAUAUGCUCAUUGUAAUUUUUCAACUAGUUUGUCCAGUUCUAAACAGACUGACGAUGGUGAAAAUGAGACAAACAAUUACAUCAAUGAAUUUCAAAAAUAUCAAUGGAGUAAAUACGGUUGUACCAUGCCAAAAAAUUGGAUUGAUCCAUUCGAAAUAUAUGAUUAG